CAGUGACGUAGCAAGAUCUCGUGAGAACAAGCACACGAGAUUUGGAGACGCCCGCGCUUCCGCCUGAAGGCAGAGACUCCGCACCGAAAGCUUCUCGGAGCUGGAAUACAAAAUCUAAAAAGGAUCUCUAUCUUGCAAACUUUUGAGAAAAGUGAAAAAAAAUGAUGAUGAAGGCAUUUCAGACCAUUUGUAAGCAGCUCAGAAGUUCAAAGAGUUUUACUGUAAGACAAGGCACUUUUGUGGAUUUCUCUACUUCCUCUUAUUCAUAUGUCCGGAAGAAAAAAAAUCCUUAUGAAGAUGUGGACCAAGCAAAAUAUUCUCGAUUAGUCAAGUCUGUCUUGUCAUUUGGAGGCCUGGCCCAGACCCCAGAAUCACUGUUGGAGGAAGAUGCUUUACUCUUUGGACCUGUGACUAAACAUAAGCCUCCAAAACCAAAAGAGGAGGCAAAAGUUCCACAAAACUGGUUUCCUCUCUUCAAUACAGAGAGAAGUGAAAAGCCAAAUAAGUGUGAUUCUUCAAUUCCUUUGAAAAUUCCUUUACAAAGGAAGGCAAUACCAAGUGUGACCCGUGUACUUCAGCAAACCAUGACAUCAGAACAGAUUUUCUUUUUGGAGAGGUGGAAAAAGCGGAUGAUUCUGGAACUGGGAGAAGAUGGAUUUGCAGAAUAUACUUCAAACAACUUUUUACAAGGGAAACAGUUCCAUGAAGACUUGGAAAACAUACUUUCACCCCAAGGGAACUUAAAAGAGAGAGAUGGAAAUCUCCAAUGUGGUUAUAUUGAAAGUGUCCGGCAUAUCUUGAAAGAUAUUAGUGGAGUACUCGCUCUUGAAAGUGCUGUUCAACAUGAGACCUUAAAGUAUGUUGGUCUGCUGGACUGUGUGGCUGAGUAUCAGGGCAAGCUGUGUGUGAUUGAUUGGAAGACAUCAGAAAAGCCAAAGCCAUAUAUCCGAAACACGUAUGACAACCCACUACAAGUUGUGGCAUACAUGGGUGCCAUAAAUCAUGAUGCCAACUACAGUUUUCAGGUUCAGUGUGGCUUAAUUGUGGUGGCCUACAAAGAUGGAUCCCCUGCCCAUCCACAUUUCAUGGAUACAGAGCUAUGUUCGCAGUACUGGGUCAAGUGGCUUCUUCGCCUAGAAGAAUAUGCAGAAAAGGAAAUGAGCCAAACUAUUCAGAAACCAGAUUAGGAGGCAGGACAUUACUUAGAAGUAUUUAGUACUUUCUCACUGCUUCAAGAGAUAGAUUGCAGUUCAUUGUGUUCUGAAAAUAGAGGUGCUACUGAAUUUGAGAGCUACAUUGACACAGCAGAAGUAUUAAUUCGUUGAAUUUCACUGAAAAGGUUGAAAAGCUACAGAAGCCUAGAUUUAAAGAGCCAAAAGUCAGUGCAUGUAAUACUAGAGGUAGCCAUGCUACCUCUGACUAUUACUUACCUGAAAAGAGGGCAAGCAGGAUUGGCAGUUACUUCCUUGAAGACUAUUAUGUUCUUGGCCGGAUGCCCAGGCUUUGAAUUGAGAUUGGGAGGCAAUGAGGCUUGUUGUGCCAAGCAUUUUCCCAGGGCUGUCAGGCCGAGAAGGAGCUGUGCACCUCAGGAGUGUGUAUAAAGGGAAAACUCAUCAGCUGAUCAACACUGCCAACACCAUUUUCUAAAAUAGGUUUUGCAUUUUGGGGUUCUAUAUUGUUGCAGUUAGUAAGCUAAAUUUAGUUUUAACACUAACUACAUGCAUAUAUGAUUAGCCUGGAGUAAACAUUGCUUUCUGGAAGUAAGAUCAUUGGCAGUAUCCCACCGUUUGCUUACCAGAAGUAGUGAGGACCAAUGUGAAAAUCACCACAGGGGGUUCAGUUGCUGUUUCUGGUGCUAGUCAAUAGAUACGUACAUGGAAAAGGUUUAUCACUCAUGGAAUUUUUCAUCUCUAAGGACCACUAAUAAAAUAAUGAUUUUUUUCUUGUGUUUGAU